AUGGAGAAGGACGUGGGUGGCCAUGCAGCUUUAUUACUUGCAAGUCUGAACCACCAACGAGAACAAGAUCACUUGUGUGACUGUGUGCUCAGACAGAGACAGGAUCCAGCUCACCUAUACCCAGCACACAAGUGCAUUCUGGCAGCUUCCAGUCCAGUUCUGGCCACUAUCAUCUCCUCAACAGGUUCUCUAGUGGAUCUUCAGGCUCCGUGUUUGGCCGACUCAGUCCUUGAGCUCGUAUUGGACUUCAUUUACACGGGAGUUGCGCCUUCCACUCGGAGUUGGCGACAGUACCAAAAUCUACUUGCCGCUGCUUGCCUCUUGGAGAUGGAGCAACUGCGGGAGGUUCUAAUGAAGUCCCCACCAAUGGAAGUUAAUGAUGCAAACAGAGAAAAUGAUUUAGAUCGUGGUGUAACAUUCACUGAUACGUUUUUAAGUAAAAACCCAGAUAAGCUAAUCUUCGCAAAUACGACCAAUGUGGACCAAGGUUUUCUGUCUUCCACCUCUCAGAGCUGUGGGCUGGUACCGGUCAUACGUCACAGCAGCGAAGUUGCAACGUCACGGUGGAGUCUCCGAGUGGCUUCCGUGGCGGAGAGUGACCGAUGUGGGAAAAUGCAUAGUUCUGACGAGUCAACGCAUCAAGAAAGUUUUGGUUCUGACCUGCAUAAUAGCAGCUGCGAGCCCAAUGAGAUACCUUUUGCGGAGAACUCCUACGCAGGAAAAUACCCAAAGACCAAACUGGAAGACAACUGUGGGCUUGCUGAGAUGAGAAAACAACAUGAGUCUGUUAAAGUUCUUCAUUCACACUUCAGUGAUGAUGACUAUCAUCUCCCAUCGAGUUUAUCGGACCAAUUGAGUGAUGAAGAAGAGGCCGGUUUGUCCAGCAGUUUAGAAACCGCAAAGCAAACACCUAAACUUCUGGACACGACAUUAGAGCAUGAAACUGUGUCAGCGAUUGGCCAUCCUCACCCGAACAUGGAUAAAAUUGAGUCCUCUUCCAGACUGUUCAUGCAUGUGUCUAGUAAAAAAGGCGACACAGCUCCCACCUUGCAUGACGGCGUUCAAGCUUCCAAGUCCACACUCAUCCCGUUCCAGUGCUCCCUGUGCCCACGCUCUUUCAGCCAGCGCGGCACUUUGAACAGACACAUGCGCUCUCAUUUGGGGGUAAGGCCCUUCCCCUGCCCCCGGUGCCCCAUGAGCUUCUCGCGACAGUACCGCGUGACGGAGCACAUGCGUAUUCACCAGCGCUGCCUAAGCGACUGUCAGAAGCUUUCCUCGAUAUGA